ACAACAACGGUGUGUUUGUCUGCGACCAACUUCACGUCUUUUCUCUUUCAUCGUCGUCAAAAUGGCAAACCGCGGCGCCCGUCAUGCUCGCACUGAGGAUACCGAAAAUACCAUCAAUUAUGUACAAUGUGAUGGCCUGGCCGUUAUGAAAAUGGUAAAGCAUUGCCAUGAGGAGUCGAGCAACAUGGAUUUGGCCCAGGGCGCCCUGCUCGGUCUCGUCGUGGACAAGUGCCUGGAAAUUACCAAUUGCUUUCCAUUCCCCAAGAGCGGCGAUGAGACCAUGGACGAUGAGACGUAUCAGCUGACGGUGAUGCGUCACCUGCGACGCGUCAAUGUCGACCAUCUGCAUGUGGGCUGGUAUCAGAGCUCCGAUGUGGGCAACAGCCUAUCGCUGGCACUGCUCGAAUCGCAGUAUCAUUAUCAGACCAGCAUCGAGGAGUCCGUUGUGGUUGUCUACGACACACAGAAGUCAUCCAGGGGUUUCCUCUGCCUGAAGGCCUAUCGCCUGACACCGCAGGCCAUACAAAUGUACAAGGAUAGUGAUUUCACCCCGGAGGCAUUCCGCACCCUUAAAGUCGGUUACGAGAGCCUCUUUGCUGAGAUUCCCAUUGUCAUUAAGAAUUCGCCGCUGACCAAUAUCAUGAUGAGCGAGCUGAACGAACUGCUGCCAGAGGAUAAGGGACACAAUUUUCUGGAUCUUGGCACCGCUUCGGUGCUGGAGAAUCAUAUGCGCAGCCUGAUCGAGCGUGUCGAUGAACUGUAUCAGGAGUCGGUCCGCUAUAACAAAUACCAGCAGGUCGUCUUCAAGCAGGAUACGGAAAAACAUCGGGCUCUGGCCAAAUUGGCGGCAGAGAAUGCUGUGCGCACUUCCAAGGGCGAACCCACUGUGCCCGAGGAGGAGGUCAUCAAGCAGUUCCGUCCGAUGCCGGUGCCGGCCAGGUUAACGGCCACAAUUACAUCGGGCCAAAUCAAUACGCAUGCGCAGCACAUUGCCCAAUUCUGCUCUCAGUCGCUGGCUAAACUUUUCAUCACGGAAGCACUUCAGAAUGCCAAGGAAACCAAGGAGAUCAAGUAGUUUAGUUAAUCUUACAAAUUGAUAGCGAGUCGCAACAAUAAUACAAAACAAAUAAUAAAUGCCUGUGUGUAAAAAUGCUGCUGCAACUACACACAGCGAAGCGAAA